UUGGAUAUCAAACCGAAAAUAGAUUUAGAUUUGAAUCAUCUUCUCUCAAGUAUUAUUAUCUUUGGAGAUGCUUGAUGUUUUGGGAUUUCCCUCAAUUGUAUUCGAAAACAAAAAAAAAAUCCUCCGCCUUUUACACGACGUCGUUUCGCCAUAUGAACGAACCAUCUGGCCCUCAACCUCGUUACCGAUCUCUGGCCCUAAUUUCAGUGUUCUCAUCAAUCGCAGGCACAAAAGAAGCUUCAUCAAGCAACCAUUCUACCUUUUCCGGUACCAGGCUACCAGCAAUACUAAGCCGUUUUAUGGGAAAAAUGACAGUACUUGAGAUAAAAAAGUUGCGGGUUUUAAGAACAUUUUGAAUGUCAAACUUGAUGGCUGACUAUUCGAGGAUGGCGUGGCUUUUGGCUAUUGAGUAUCUGGCAAAGUUCCAGCAAUUGGAUCCAUCAAUUUUACAUGAUUUGAUUGAUGAGGCUCCAGAAUUAUCUGAGGAUUUGGGAAACGGCACAAGGGAAAUGGUUGCUUUAAGAUGCUUGGAGCAGUUGUUUGCUACUAGUAAAGAAGUUGCGGAUGAUGUUCCUUCUGUGACAGAGCCAAAAGAUGCAUUUGACUUCUCAAAGAGCUGUGAAGAUGUGCUCCAAUCUGUACUGAAAGAGAGAGCAGUGUCAGAUUUAAAAAUGUCAGGAGGGAAUCUGUUGAAAUGGGAUAUUCAUCUGUUCAUCAUGCACAAAAGAGCUUCUGUGCCAAAAUGUGCUUUAGAACAGGUAAUUGGAAAUAUCUUUCCCUGUCAGGUACCCAUCCAUAUACUGCUUCCUUGACAGAACUUAGUGGGCUGGUGCAUAAAAAUGUUGGGAAUGAUAGGGUCAUUGUGGAUUAUGGUUGUCAUAAUGUGCUUACACGGGGGAUUGACAGUAAUGGCUCUGACUCACAAACUAUGUCACCAGAAGGGGGCACCAUUUUUUUGUCACUUGAAAAUACGAAGGGUAUGGUGGAAGGUGAUUCAUAUCAUAGAAAUUUUUUACUUUUUAAGAGGAAAAAAAAUGAUAUGGAUAAUGAACAUCCAGCUGGAGACUACCAGGAUGAACAAGAUGGUGAUCGCAAUUUAAAUGUCAAGAGGUUUAAGCAAGAUACCUUCUGUGCUAAUAAGUGCAUGGAACAUGUUUUGAAUCCUCAAUGUGGUAAUGAGUUGGUAGAAGAUUCUUCUGAAGCAAUGGUUAGAGUUACAGAGGAUGGAAGUUGUCAUGUGGAAGGAGAGUCUCAAGCAGGAGGGUUGGGUGAAUGUAGAUAUUCGGAGAAUGAUCAUAGCAAAUUUGUUGCUAUAGAGAGGCCUGGGAGGAGUCCUAAUGCUAAUGCUGAUGGUGAAUUCCAGCAAUAUCAAUGUGAGAAUGAUCAUAAUGCCAAUAACAUGCUGCCAGAUGCAUCUGGAGAUAGACCAUGUCAAUAUACGUUGGUGGAUGAAGUCAAUAAAGCUGAACCUAGCACAUCAAAUGAUGCACCCUCUGCAAGAAGCCAGCAAAAGGUCUUUGCUGCUGACACCAAUGCUAACAGCGAUUGUAAUAAAGUAAAAUCAGCAAAUGCUGAUUCCUCGACUGAAAUUUCUAGAAGAAUUACAGUUGAAAAAGCAGAUUGUCGGAUGGAGCAUUUUUAUGAAGAAGACACUUCAAUUGAUGGUGAUGAGUAUCAUCAUCAGAGGGUUGAUGUUGCUAUGGAAAAGAGUAAUUUCUUGAGCUCUCAGUGCACACUAAGUCAUGUUUCCCAGGAAAGCUGGACACAGCUAAACCUUUGUGUGAAAUGUAGUGAAGGUGGUCAGUUGUUGGUUUGUAAUGCUGUUGGCUGUCCAUUGGUGGUUCAUGAAAAGUGCUUGGGUUCCUCACCAAGAUUUGAUGAGAAGGGGGAUUUUUACUGCCCAUUCUGUGCAUAUUCACUUGCUAUCUCCGAGUAUCUCCAAGCCAAGAAAAAAGCCUCUUUGGCUAGGAAGGAACUAGGUGCAUUUAUUUGUAGACGUACUAAGAGAUCACAUAGCAACCAACAAAAUAAUUUUAAACAGAAUGAAGAUGGAUGUCAUCUUCACAUGGUUCAUGAGAGAGGGAGUUUGGCAGAGAAAGAAUAUGAUCAAACAAAUAAUGAAGGGCAUGCAAAUAAAGUCAAUGACCAACUUAAGAAAAGACAAGGCGAUAGGCAACCAAUGAAACCCAUAAUAUCAUGCCUUGAUGUAAAUUUACUGGAUAAAGAAAAAGAGCCAAAUGUAAUUCCUGGAGAAAAGGAAAGGAAAGAGCUGGCUCCAGAAUGCCAACAUGUAAGGGAAACUGACAGACAAGACCAAACUUGUGCUGACCCAAAGAGCAAUGGUGAUAAUCAAAUGUCUAAAAACAAAGAGGUUCUUGUCUCUUUAAAUGAAAAACAAUCUGAAGGAGGAAUUCAGAGGACAGUUUUAGAGCAACAGAAUAGUGAUUUGAUUGAGAAGCCUGUUGGUGCCAUAGAUAUUGAUAGAGAAACUUCUGUUGAGGGAAAUGAGAAAAAUAUAAUCUCUAAUUACUCUAGGAAAUUCCGGGGGAGAGGGACGGAAUAUGUAUCCCCAGCAUUGCCUCAGAUAUUGAGGCGAAAGAAAGUUCCAUGGACAGCUAAGGAGGAAGAGAUGCUUAAGGAAGGAGUGCAGAAAUUUGCAACUGUUGGUGACAGAACUAUUCCGUGGAAGAAAAUUUUGGAGUAUGGUAGUAUGGUAUUUAGUCACCGAACUACAGUAGACCUUAAGGACAAAUGGAGGAACAUGUGCAAAGGCAGUUCAAAAUGCAAAUAGUUUGUCAGCCUGUUCUAUUUGCUUGCUAAGUUACUUUCCCAUACUUUGGUCUGCUUCUGGCUGAAUUUUCCUUUAGUCCAUGGUUUCUGGAAGAGUACAUUCGGCAAAUCUCAUCUUAAAUCUCUUCAUUAAUGAGGAAUCUGAGGGAUCCUUUUGCUUAUAGGUUGCGGUAGCUAUACUACAGUCAUGGACAUUGAGAAAAAAUAGCGCUGCUUGCCUGAUGAUAUGGUUGAUGCUGUGUGCCAAGUUUUGCUAUCUGCAUGCUGUUAUUUAUGGACAUCAACCUAGCAGAAUGGGGAAAUUCUUUAUCAUGUAAUGUCAAUCUCAAAAGUAAGCAGAGUUAGAAGUUCACCAAGCUGGAACACACACUUUUACUUCAGAUCAUUACAAUAUGAUAAAUAUUAUGGGAAGAGCUUGAGUAGCAUAGGGUGCACUCUUCUGUAUUUCUUGUCUCUCCAACAUUGUAAAGGGUAGAUACCUAGAAUUUAACAUUGCUGUUUUUCAGUGUCGUAUGUAUAGAUACCUUUGCAGUUUAAUGAUAUAAAAGCUUGUAUAGUUCUUUUAUUCCUCUUUUGGGAUAUCUGAUACUAAUUUGCAAUAUGAGAUGGUCUGUCUCUAUGAUUACAGAA